AUGUGGCGCGCGCCACCUCGCCUCCUCUCUCCUCCCACCCGCGCCGCGGCCAGCAGAGCCCAUCCGGGGCUCGCGCGAGCCCAUCCGCCGCCGCCGCCGCAACCCCGCGCGCCCGAGAGCCCGCGUCCGCAGCGCCCCGCCUCGCCGUGCGCCUCCGCACCCUCCGCGCGCCUCGCCGGCGGCCGGAGCUCCGCCGCCUCGCCGGACUGCAUCCUCGGCCCGCGCCGCCAGCGCCCGACCUCGCCCGGAGCCGCUGCCCCUCGCCGGCACCGCCCGCCGCCCGCCGGCGCGUCUCGCUUGCGCCUCGCCGCCUCCUCCCUCGUCUUCUACGCCGCCGGACCCCGCACCACGCCGUCCCCGUCACCCCGCGCCUUCCCCACCGCGCCAUCGCCGGAGCCCCUCGCCGGAAGCUCGCCGGCGCUGCCGUCCUCGCCGGAUCCGGUGGAUCGGGACGAGAUCCACCGGGAUCUCAUCCAAACGCCGCGCCUCGUCCUGGAUCCCUUCGUCCCGCACGCCUCCGUCCCGCGUUGA